CUGAUGGAGCAAUGAUGACAAUCUCGUUUCAAUUACACGGGUUCUCAUUAGCAACUACAUAAAAUUGUCGACUUGGACAAUUUUUUACCAACUCAGCGAUCUUCUGUAAUACUUUUUGACAGAAGCUGAAACCAACAAAAAUGUUGACAGAAAAGAUCCGUUUGUUCGUGUUUCUGAUGUUCGUGUGGCGCGUUGCUGAUGGUGUACCGCUGAUCAGUUUAAAAAGUAAUGGCGCCGUGAACGUGGACGCAGCAGUGUUAACGUCACAAGAUGACACGCUGGAAACCAUUAAAGAGGUAUUUGCCCAACUGGACGUUGAUGAGAAUAAUGUCAUUGACCACAUGGAUCGGUUCUACAUCUAUGGACACCUGGAUGAGUUUGAUGAUGUUCUACCUGAGGUCAUUGAGCUAAUAGGUGACAACAGCAACGGCAUAGUCACCAUUAAGGACAUCAUAGACCUGUAUGUUGACCUAGGCCUUCUUCAACUGGAUGUCUAG